GCCUCUUCUCGCGCUAUUUGGAUUUUCCUCCCUUCACCCGGCCUAAACGGACCGCUCAGCCCAUCCCUCUCUACCUGGCUAUGGCCGAUCCCAAGUAUGCGGACCUGCCCGGCAUUGCCAGGAAUGAACCUGAUGUCUAUGAAACAAGUGAUCUCCCAGAAGAUGACCAAGCGGAAUUUGAUGCGUUUGCACAAGAGCUGGAGGAGCUCACGAGCACCAGUGUGGAGCAUAUCAUAGUCAACCCUAAUGCAGCCUAUGAUAAAUUUAAAGACAAGAGAGUGGGCACCAGAGGGCUGGACUUCUCUGAUCGGAUUGGCAAAGCCAAAAGAACUGGCUACGAGUCUGGAGACUAUGAAAUUUUAGGGGAAGGAUUUGGUAUGAAAGAGACUCCCCAGCAGAAAUACCAGCGUUUGCUGCAUGAAGUUCAGGAGCUGACUGCUGAAGUGGAGAAGAUCAAGAGCACCGUAAAGGAGUCCACGGCCGAGGAGAAACUGACACCGGUUGCCCUUGCAAAGCAAGUGGCUGGCCUGAAACAGCAGCUGGUCUCCACUCACCUGGAGAAACUGCUCGGGCCAGAUGCGGCCAUCAACCUAACUGAUCCCGAUGGUGCUUUGGCCAAGCGUCUGCUGAUCCAGCUGGAAGCCGCCAAGAGUGCUAAAGGCAGUCCUGCUGGUGGGAAGAGCCCUGCCAAAGCCCCAGCCGGUCAAGGAAACACAGUGACGUAUGAACUGCACUCUCGGCCCGAGCAGGACAAAUUCUCUCAGGCUGCCAAGAUUGCAGAAUUGGAGAAGCGACUGGCUGAACUGGAAGCUACUGUUCGCUGCGAGCAGGAUGUCCAGAAUCCUCUGUCUGUUGGUCUGCAGGGAGCUAGUCUUAUGGAAACGGUGGAGAUCCUGCAGGCCAAAGUCAGCUCCUUAGAUGUGGCAUCCCUGGACCAGGUGGAGGCAAGACUACAGAGCGUCUUGGGAAAAGUGAAUGAGAUUGCCAAGCACAAGGCCACAGUGGAGGAUGCUGACACCCAAAGCAAGGUGCAUCAGCUCUAUGAGACUGUGCAGCGCUGGAGCCCCUUGGCCAGCACCCUCCCAGAAGUGGUGCAGCGCCUGGUCACUGUGCGGCAGUUGCACGAACAAGCCAUGCAGUUUGGGCAGCUCCUGACCCAUCUGGACACUACCCAACAGAUGAUUGCAAAUUCCUUGAAGGACAAUGUUGCCGUGCUGACACAGGUUCAGAAAACCAUGAAAGAGAAUCUUGCUGUUGUCGAGGACAAUUUUGCCAGCAUCGAUGCACGGAUGAAGAAGCUUGCCAAGUGAAUCUCCUCAUCCCAGUCCACUCAGGCAAGGCCGAAGAGUUUGCCUGGUGUCUGAACAUGCACUAACCGCUCUGCCCCUUCCCCACCUCUUUACCUUUCCUUGUUUGCUCUCGGCAGUUCAGCUUUCAUGUAGGGCUGGGGGGCGGGGGCAGGGGGGCCGGCCCUCUGUCAGAAGGCAGACCUCGCCUUCCAGCGUUCUGCUGUCCGGGUAACAAUGCUGGCUGCAGAGAGCAGGGCUCUUUUUUGAAUUGGGGAGAUGGGGGAGCUGUGCUUGAGAGACAACCAUCCUUCGCGUACCUCCCCGUGCAGGGUUCCCUGGCCCAGAACGAGGGGAGCCUUUUACCUGGAAAGGUCCCUUACACCCCUCGGUCUGGCAUGGAGGUGAAUUGUGUCGUUGUAUAAUGAUUUACUGUCAUUAAACAUUUACGCUUA